UUUUUUUGCUGUUUUAUUUUAUGUUAUUUUUUAAUAAGAAAUAACUGGACAUAAAGAUCUCAGGUGGAUUAUCACAGUGCUUCUUGAAGAACUACCAAACUUGCAAGAUUGGCUAUCCUGAUUAAGAAGAUAUGAAAGAAUACACACUCCUCCUCUUCUUGGCUUUGUGCUCUGCCAAACCUCUCACUGGUCCUUCGUAUUUUACACUAAAGAAUAUGAUGCUCCAAGAUAUGGAAGAAGAUGAUGAUGAUGACGAUGACAAUUCUCUAUUCCCAACCAGUGAACCAAUUAUACCACUGAUUCCUUUUGAUUUGUUCCCAGUAUGCCCCUUUGGAUGCCAGUGCUAUGUGAGAGUUGUCCAUUGCUCUGACCUAGGUUUGACAUCAAUACCUCGCAACAUUCCACCAGAUACACGUAUGAUUGACCUUCAGAACAACAAAAUUAAAGAGGUCAAGGAAAAUGAUCUCCAAGGACUCACAUCACUUUAUGCACUGGCUUUGAACAACAAUAAAAUAACCAAGAUCCAUCCAAAAGCCUUUCAACCAACAAAGAAGCUACGACGACUGUAUUUGUCUCACAACCAGCUAACUGAGAUUCCAACAAAUCUACCAAAUACUUUAGCAGAGCUCAGAAUCCAUGCUAAUAAGGUUAAGAAAAUCCACAAGGAUGCAUUUAAAGGAAUGAAAUCUCUACAUGUUUUAGAAAUGAGUGCAAAUCCUCUUAACAAUGAUGGAAUAGAGCCAGGAGCUUUUGAAGGAGUAAAUAUAUACCAUAUCAGAAUUGCAGAAGCGAAAUUAACUUCAAUUCCUAAAGGACUGCCCUCCAGUCUACUGGAACUUCAUUUAGAUGACAAUAAGAUCACAGCAAUUGAAAUUGAAGAUUUUAACCGAUACAAAGAUCUUCAAAGGCUUGGACUUGCGAAUAAUAAAAUCAAAGAUGUGGAAAAUGGAAGUUUUGCCAACAUACCAAGCAUACGUGAAAUCCACCUCGAAAAAAAUAAGCUCAAGAAAGUUCCCCCUGGAUUACCCGAACUGAAAUAUCUACAGGUAGUUUUCCUCCAUUCUAAUCAUAUUGCAAAACUGGGAGUGAAUGAUUUCUGUCCAACGGGAAGAAGAAAGAAGAAAGCAUUAUACAGUGGCAUAAGCCUCUUCAAUAAUCCUGUAAAGUACUGGGAGGUUCAGCCUUCAACUUUCCGUUGCAUUUUAGCCAGAAACAGUGUGCAACUCGGAAACUUCCUUAAGUGAUAGAGAAGUUGGUCAUUUCGUAAAACAACUUGUUGAAAUCAGUUCUACAAUACUUGAAAUUUGCAGAAAAAUGCUAAUUUUACACUAUUUAACCAGUUUACAAUGUAUUUACUAUUUCAGAGAUAAUGAAUUAGAUGAAAAAUGUUAGUAGGAGCCAUGCUCAAUCACAUUUGAAUAAUUUAAACACAAGCCUUUAUAUCUUACGGAAGGACUCUUGAAACUGGAAACUGUAUUUGAUGUUUCCUAUUAUAGGUGUUAAAUUCUUUACUUAAAUCACAUUGUUUUGACAUAUUCUUUCUUUUAAAUAGAUUCUAAAAACCAAGUGGAAGUGACUUUUUCCAUAGUAAUGAAUUUUUGUCUGCCAAAAAGCAUUGUAAGAGAAGUUGUAAAAAGAAAUUAUCAGACCUCAAGGGACAACUUCUUGUGCCAUUUUUGAUAAUCAGCAAAGACGCAAUAAAAAGGUACGAUAUUGUGAGGUCUUUUUUCCCUGAUGAAAACAUAGUAAGUGAGAUAAAGGUAGGUUUCGUAUCAAGAAAUAACACACAAAAAAAAAACUCUAAAAGCUUUUGGUAUUUCUUCUUGCAUCUCCGAGAGAAAUGUUCUUCAGUGUUUUGCUAUCAAUGCAAUUUGAUGUACUCUGAACUUUGAAAAAGAAGGAUUCAAGACUUAUCAUAUGCUUUAAGCUUAAUAGGAAUGAUUAUUAAACUCCCUUUAGGCUGGCACAAACAUUUUCUUUUAUCUAUAACAAUAGUAAUCAUGGUUUUCCUUUUAUUUUUUUCCUCUUUUAUAAUUGACAUCACACGGGUUAAGAAUCCCCUGUUAACAUAAGUACCUUAAAAUUGCUGAACGCAAGCAGAUAGCUGGAACUCAACUGCCCUGACUUCUUACAUAGGUCAGCACAUAGAAUUCUCAAUACUGACAGUACUGUAUAAAAGGGGUAUUUUAAAUAUCUAUUUAGUGUAUAUUUGCUAUUGGGAUUCAAAAUAAAUUAAAUAAACUUAAAAAAUA